UUUAUUCCCAUGUUCCUAGAAAUGAGAUAAUGCUAACAAAUUUAUGUGCUAGUCGGAAAAUGUUCCAUAAACCCAGAUGUGUUUCCUAAGAACUGUAAAUUGUUUAAGCAGUCAUGUUCGAAGGACGUUAGUGGCAAAGCAGUUACAAAGCACUUUAGUUUUAAAGCAUCGAAGGCAAGUGUUUUAUUGCACAGCAUAACUGAAAUGCAGUUUACUGGUUUACAAUUUGGUUCAAACCCAAAGCUGCAAGCCAUUUUAGGGAAUCAAAAAUUAUUUUGCAAACUUUCAAAAAGCUUUCGGCUGGAUUCAACCAUUUGUUUUUAUUUUCAAAGCGUCAGUGCUCGAAAGUAACCGUAUUCAUUAGCUUUGUAGAAUGGACAAGGAGGUGAGCAAGGAGAUACAAUAUGGUCCUUCAUUUGGGCUGAUUUCCUUUAGUUAAUUCACAGAACUUUAGGCUCACUUUACACGUCUGCUCACACAAUAUCAUGGUUGAGUUCUCCAACACUGUAAAACUAGACCAUGAGAUGCCCACUUACAGCCGUGUGUCAGGUGGGGGAGGGUAUUUAUUACUCUGCCUUUAGCUGAAUAAGAGGCAAGGAGUCAUUUUAUGAGUAUUAAGGGGGAAACAGUUUCCUCUCGCCUCACAGAACAUUAGCUUUAUUUUUUAAUCUCUAAUAUAAUUCUUCGAACUAUGAAAUCUCAGAAGUCGAGGUCCCAAGGAGGAGAGUCCUAGGUUUGAGUUCAUUCAUUUCCAAGUGGCCUGUCCAGUUCCUGGACCGCUUUUAAUGCCUAGAGAAAUCCAUUUCCUCUGAGCCAAAGUCGGCCUCCCGACUGCAUCCCCGCCGCCCCACUGGGCCGUGCCGAGACGUCGAGGCCAGUCACCACCUCCUCCUCCAGCCAGGCGGACCGCGCCAGUCCACUUCGGUGGGAGCGACACCCAACCCGCAGGCCACACGCCCCGCGUGUGCGGCGCCUUUAUUUACUUCGCUCAGGAGCCAUCAGCCCCCCUCCUAAUAAGUCUGGAAAGCAUUUCGGCGACGCGAUGCUGGGGACACUGGUCUGGUUGCUCGCGGUCGGCUUCCUGCUGGCUCUGGCGCCGGGCCGCGCGGCGGGCGCGCUGAGGACCGGUAGGCGCCCGGUGCGGCCGCGGGACUGCGCGGACCGGCCGGAGGAGCUCCUGGAGCAGCUGUACGGACGGCUGGCGGCCGGCGUGCUCAGCGCCUUCCACCACACGCUGCAGCUCGGGCCGCGCGAGCAGGCGCGCAACGCCAGCUGCCCCGCCGGGGGUAGGCCUGCCGACCGCCGCUUCCGGCCGCCCACCAACCUGCGCAGCGUCUCGCCCUGGGCGUACAGGAUUUCGUACGACCCUGCUCGCUUCCCGAGGUACCUGCCUGAAGCCUACUGCCUCUGCCGAGGCUGCCUGACCGGGCUCUUUGGUGAGGAGGACUUCCGCUACCGCAGCGCACCUGUCUACUCCCCGGCCGUAGUGUUGCGCCGCACCGCCGCCUGUGCGGGAGGCCGCUCAGUGUACGCCGAACACUACGUCACAAUCCCGGUGGGCUGCACCUGCGUACCCGAGCCAGAUAAAGCCUCGGACAGCGCCAACUCCAGCAUGGACAAGCCAGGAGCCAAGCUGCUCCUCGGGCCCAACGACAGGCCAGCUGGGCGCUGAUGCCGGGGACUGCCCACCACUACCCAGCUUCCUGCAUCUGUCCUCCACGUCGUUCCCCACCCGUGCCGCUGCCCACUUUUUCCCAAGGCACAGCUUCAUGAGCUUUAAAUAUAUUUGUAUUUUUCAAAGUAGACACUACAUACCUACGGCUAUUUUGAAUAGAGGCAGAAACUAUUUUCAUAUUAGUAAUUUAGAGCAAGCCUGUUAUUUUUAAAACUUCCUCGACAUACAAGGAAAUCAUAAGCAUCCAGUUUUCUCCAGUAUGGUUCUUGAGCGCGUAAUUGUGUGCUCACAUGACCUUCUUUUAGCUGACCCUGUGCCCUGUCUCUGAGUUCAGCCUGUAGCCAGGGUUCGCCCAGGUGAAAUGGAUGCUCCCAAACUGUACCGGAAGACCUCUCAGGUCCACAGAGAGAGGGGGGGGGGGAUUUGAGGGGCCUCCUGGUUCCUGAAACCAAACUCUCCUCUGUUUCUGAGCAUAUGGAUGGUCUCAACUUUCUAGCAAUUUAAUUCUUUGGUGUGAUUCUUCCACUUUUGAAAACCAUUGGUCUCGAUUCAUGGCAGGAGGUGGAACGUGACAUCUUAGCCGGUUCUCAGGGAGCUCCAAGCACACAAGGGCUCAGUUUUAUGGGCUUUUGGAUCAAGCCAAGCCUAAGGAGGAAAAGGGAGGGCCUAGAAUCCAGAGUACUCCGGGCUUUAAACUGUGAGCUAACUCCUUACUCUCAUUUAAGGGGAAAGUCUGCCCCUGAGCACGUUUGUAAAAGUUCAAAAAAAUUCCCUAAAACAGUGGAAGCUGAAGCAUG